UCACCUCCCAGCGCCAUGCUAACCCUGUCUCCCACCCCAGGCCUGGCGACUGGCUACUCCAUGACCCCCCCAAUCCUGAACAUCACGGAGGAGACAUACGUCAUCGAUUCCAGUGACAGCCUGUCCAUCUCCUGCAGGGGGCAGCACCCCCUCGAGUGGGCCUGGCCAGGGGCUCAGGAUGCGCCAGGCACGGGGGAGAAGGGCAGCGAGGACACCGGGGUUGCGCGGGACUGCGAGGGCACAGACGCCAGGCCCUACUGCAAGGUUCUGCAGCUGCAGGAGGCCCACGCCAACAACACGGGCAGCUACCGCUGCUACUACAAGUACAUCCAGGCGCGCAUCGAGGGCACCACUGCGGCCAGCACCUACGUGUUCGUGCGAGACUCGGAGCAGCCGUUCAUCAGCAAGCCGGACACGCUGCUGGUCAACAGGAAGGACUCUGUGUGGGUGCCCUGCCUGGUGUCCAUCCCCGGCCUCAACGUCACGCUGCGCUCGCAAAACUCAGCACUGCAGCCCGACGGGCAGGACGUGGUGUGGGACGACCGCCGGGGCAUGCGGGUGCCCACCCCGCUCCUGCGCGACGCCCUGUACCUUCAGUGUGAGACCACCUGGGACGGCCAGGCCUUUCUGUCCAACCCCUUCCUCGUGCACAUCACAGGCAACCAGCUCUAUGACAUCCAGCUAUUCCCCAAGAAAUCACUGGAGCUGCUGGUCGGGGAAAAGCUGGUCCUGAACUGCACCGUGUGGGCUGAGUUCAACUCGGGCGUCACCUUCAGCUGGGACUAUCCAGGGAAGCAGGCAGAGCGGGGUAAGUCGGUGCCGGAGCGGCGCUCCCAGCAGACUCACACGGAGCUCUCCAGCAUCCUCACCAUCCACAACGUCAGCCAGCAGGACCUGGGCACAUACGUGUGCCAGGCCAACAAUGGCAUCCAGCAAUUCCAGGAGAGCACCGAGGUCAUUGUGCACGAAAAGCCCUUCAUCAGCGUCGAGUGGCUCAAGGGUCCUGUCCUGGAGGCCACAGCGGGAGACGAGCUGGUCAAACUGCCCGUGAAGCUGGCCGCGUACCCCCCGCCGGAGUUCCAAUGGUACAAGGACAGAAAGGCGGUGUCCGGGCGCCACAGCCCCCACGCUCUGGUGCUCAAGGAGGUGACGGAGGCCAGCGCGGGCACCUACACCCUGGCCCUGUGGAACUCUGCGGCCGGCCUGGCGCGCAACAUCAGCCUGGAGCUGGUGGUGAACGUGCCUCCCCACAUCCAUGAGAAGGAGGCCUCCUCCCCCAGCAUCUACUCCCGCCACAGUCGCCAGGCCCUCACCUGUACCGCCUACGGCGUGCCCCCUCCCCUCAGCGUCCAGUGGCACUGGCGGCCGUGGACACCCUGCAAGACCUUCACCCAGCGCAGCCUCCGGCGGCGGCGGCAGCAGCGAGACCGAAUGCCACAGUGCCAGGACUGGAAGGAGGUGACCACACAGGACGCCGUGAACCCCAUUGAGAGCUUGGACACCUGGACCGAGUUUGUAGAGGGCAAGAAUAAGACGGUGAGCAAGCUGGUGAUCCAGGAUGCCAACGUGUCCGCCAUGUACAAGUGCGUGGUCUUCAACAAAGUGGGCCAGGACGAGCGGCUCAUCUACUUCUACGUGACCACCAUCCCCGACGGCUUCAGCAUAGAAUCGGAGCCAUCAGAGGAGCCCCUGGAGGGCCAGGCCGUCCGCUUGAGCUGCCGGGCGGACAACUACACCUACGAGCAUUUGCGCUGGUAUCGCCUCAACCUGUCCACGCUGCAUGACGCGCACGGGAACCCGCUGCUGCUCGACUGCAAGAACGUGCACCUCUUCGCCACGCCGCUGGCCGCCAGCCUGGAGGAGGCGGCGCCCGGGGCGCGCCACGCCACGCUCAGCCUGACCAUCCCCAGCGUGGCACCUGAACAUGAAGGCGACUACGUGUGCGAGGUGCAGGACCGGCGCAGCCAAGACAAGCACUGUCACAAGAAGUACCUGUCAGUGCAGGCCCUGGAAGCCCCGCGGCUCACCCAGAACUUGACCGACCUCCUGGUGAACGUGAGCGAUUCUUUGGAGAUGCGGUGCCCGGUGGCCGGGACGCACGUGCCCAGCAUCGUGUGGUACAAAGAUGAGAGGCUGUUGGAGGAAGAGUCCGGAAUCGACCUGGCGGACUCAAACCAGAAGCUGAGCAUUCAGCGCGUGCGCGAGGAGGACGCGGGCCGCUACCUGUGCAGUGUGUGCAACGCCAAGGGCUGCGUCAACUCCUCCGCCAGCGUGGCGGUGGAAGGCUCAGAGGAUAAAGGCAGCAUGGAGAUCGUGAUCCUUAUUGGCACCGGGGUCAUCGCCGUCUUCUUCUGGAUCCUUCUCCUCCUCAUCUUCUGUAACAUGAGGAGGCCAACCCAUGCAGACAUCAAGACUGGCUACCUGUCCAUCAUCAUGGACCCCGGGGAAGUGCCUCUGGAGGAGCAGUGUGAAUACCUGUCCUACGAUGCCAGCCAGUGGGAGUUCCCCCGGGAGCGGCUGCACCUCGGGAGAGUCCUCGGCCACGGGGCCUUUGGGAAGGUGGUGGAAGCCUCGGCCUUUGGCAUCAGCAAGGGCAGCAGCUGUGACACGGUGGCUGUGAAAAUGCUAAAAGAGGGGGCCACCGCCAGCGAGCACCGCGCCCUGAUGUCGGAGCUCAAAAUCCUCAUCCACAUCGGUAACCAUCUCAACGUGGUCAACCUCCUGGGGGCGUGCACCAAGCCCAACGGCCCCCUCAUGGUGAUCGUGGAGUUCUGCAAGUAUGGCAACCUUUCCAACUUCUUGCGCGCCAAGCGGGAGGCCUUCAACCCCUACGCGGAGAAGUCUCCUGAGCAGCGAAGGCGGUUCCGCGCCAUGGUGGAGGGGGCCAUGGCAGACCGGAGGAGGCCAGGGAGCAGCGACACGGCCCUCUUGACGCGGCUCCUGAUGGGCAAGGGCGGGGCAGGGCGGGCCCCUCGAGUCCAAGGAGCCGAGGACCUGUGGCUGAGCCCACUGACCAUGGAAGACCUUGUCUGCUACAGCUUCCAGGUGGCCCGAGGGAUGGAGUUCCUGGCGUCCCGCAAGUGCAUCCACAGAGACCUGGCUGCUCGGAACAUCUUGCUGUCAGAAAGUGAUGUGGUGAAGAUCUGUGACUUCGGCCUGGCCCGUGACAUCUACAAAGACCCCGACUACGUGCGCAAGGGCAGUGCCCGGCUGCCCCUGAAGUGGAUGGCCCCCGAGAGCAUCUUUGACAAGGUGUACACCACGCAGAGCGACGUGUGGUCCUUUGGGGUGCUGCUCUGGGAGAUCUUCUCCCUGGGGGCCUCCCCGUACCCUGGGGUGCAGAUCAAUGAGGAGUUCUGCCAGCGGCUGAAAGAGGGCACCCGGAUGAGGGCCCCAGAGCUGGCCACUCCUGCCAUACGCCGCAUCAUGCUGAGCUGCUGGGCCGGGGACCCCAAAGAGAGGCCCGCGUUCUCAGACCUGGUGGAGAUCCUGGGGGACCUGCUCCUGAGCAGGGCCCGGCAGGAAGAGGAGGACCGCCUGGCUCCCGGCAGCUCUCAGAGCUCGGAGGAGGGCAGCCUCUUGCAGGCAUCCACCACGGCCCUGCACAUCGCCGAGGCCGACGCCGACGCCGAGGACAGCCCACCUAGCCUGCAUCGGCACAGCCUGGCUGCCAGAUAUUACAAUUGUGUGUCCUUUCCGGGGUGCCUUGCCAGAGGGACUCAGACCCAGGGUCCCUCCAGGAUGAAGACAUUCGAGGAAUUUCCCAUGACCUCAAUGACCUACAAGGCCUCCGUGGAUAACCAGACAGACAGUGGGAUGGUGCUGGCCUCCGAGGAGUUUGAGCAGCUGGAGAGCAGACACAAACAAGAAGGCAUAUUCAGCUGUCAAGGACCAGGCAGGAACGUGGACAUGACCGUGGCACACCUCGACCCCCAAGGGAGGCGGCGGCGGCCGGACCGGGGGGCCCGGGGCCAGGUGUUCUACAACAGCGAGUACGGGGAGCUGGCGAGGCCGCGCGAGGAGGGCGACCGCACCCCGCCCGGCCCCAGGGCCCUUCUGUGCAGACAGCAGCUACUGAGAGCAGCUCCAGACCUUCAGAGACUCCUUGAGCUGCUGUGAAGAACUGACUUUGCAACACUUCAGUCUGAAGGGAGCCCAGGGAAGGUCUUUCUGAAUCUAGACAAUUCCUGCCUCUGACCUCCCGGCAAGUGCUGGCAUAACAGACCCCACCAUGGCCACCUCUUUCUGGACGAGGUCCCCAGCCCCACCUGCCUGGGCCAGAUUUGGAAGGACCACCUGAUGGUCCAGAGCCGCCCCAUGUGAGAAACGCCUGGUUCUUCUCUCUGGGACCUGGAUCUGCCACCGGAGGCACCUCUCAAGCUGUGAGCAUCCUUCCCACGUGUGAUGAGAAGCAAACACUGUGGGCUCCACCGAGGAAGGCCUGGGGCCGGCCCGGAGGACCAGCACUGCUCUGUGCCAUGAGGCCAUCAGCGGAUGUUUCUGUGGUCCCGGGGGGACCCUGUCUUCUGCCCGCUGGUCUGUACCUGGCAUCAGUGCCCUGGCAGGUCAAGCCUCUGCCGUCACAGGGGCACAGCUGAGGACCCUCUGGAGGCUGGAGCCAUUCUGCCCAGGCCCCCCAUCCCAGUGCACACUGCUCAGUCACCCACACCCCCCGCAGGAGAGGUCCCCAUCCCAGUCAUCCCACUUAGCACCACAGCAGUUGACACCCCACCCCCCCACUCCAUGAGACGCUUGCGGGACAGGCGGCUGGUGCAGUGAGCAGGGGCUUGCCCAGCAGACCCCCAGCUCCCCAUUACGCAUGGUUCCUUUAGGAUGCGUGGAAUGCAGGUGUGUGCAGUCCUCACUGUCCCCGGUGGGCCUCCUCUGAUGUCACCUGACUGUGAGACUUGGGUCUCAGGCUUACCUGGUGGGAGUCCAGGGGCUGUUCUCAAUCAGAGGAGCAACAUGCAGCUUGGGUACAGGGUCCAAGCCUGAGACCCCUCCCCACGUGGGUACCACUUGUUUUGUCUCCUCCUGUCACAUAACUGCACACACACAAAUGUACCGAGAAGAAAACCUACCCCCGCCCCUUAUAGAACAUGUGCUCCGAAAACAGUAUUUAACAAAAGAUAAUAAUAAAUUCGAUGCCAGUCUUUGA